UAGGUUGUAUGACACGACUAGGAGGGAGAAGCUACAAAGCUGGCUUGCAGCGAGCAAGCAAGCCAACUUUCCAUCUAAUCGUUGUGCCAAGGAAAGAAAAGGGGGAUCUAACAUUACGCAGCAAGGUCCAAAGAUAACGGCAACGGCAACGGCGACAAACGAAGCUCGAAAUAAGAGGAGAAGAAAUGCAAGAGGGGAUACAUUCAUUCUGUGGACGUAAUUCCAGGAUGAUGCCAGCGGGACACACUGGGGGUGGCAGCCAGUAGCCCUGUGACCGUCUCCAUGGGGGUCGUCACCACUGAAGCCCAGCCGGGCCCGCGGGGGACGGAGGUGCUGCUGCCGGAGCUGGGGCCGAGGCGGAAGCACUACGUGUGUGGCUCGUGCGCCGCCUUCACCAAUGUCGCGGUCACCUUCCCCAUCCAGAAGGCGCUGUUCCGGCAGCAGCUGUUCGGCGUGCGCGUGGGCGAGGCCGUGCAGCAGCUGCAGAGGGACGGCCUGCGGAACCUGUACCGGGGGCUCCUGCCCCCCCUCCUGCAGAAGAGCACCACGGUGGCGCUCAUGUUCGGCCUGUACGAGGACUUCUCCCGCCUGCUGCUGCGGCACGCCGGCGGGCCCGAGCUGCUGACCCGCAGCGUGGCGGCGGUGCUGGCGGGCACGGCGGAGGCGGCCCUGGUGCCCUUCGAGAGGGUGCAGACCCUGCUGCAGGACCAGCGGCACCACGGCCGCUUCCACAACACCUUCCACACGUUCGGCACGCUGCUGCGGGAGCACGGCGUGCGCGAGUGCUACCGCGGGCUGGCGCCCAUCCUCCUGCGCAACGGCCCCAGCAACGCCCUCUUCUUCGGCCUGCGCGGGCCCAUCAAGCGCCAGCUCCCCGAGGCCCAGACGCGCGCCGACCACCUGGUCAUCGACUUCAUCUGCGGCGGGCUCCUGGGCGCCGUGCUGGGCUUCGCCUUCUACCCGCUCAACGUGGUGAAGGCGCGCAUGCAGUCGCAGGUGGGCGGGGCCUUCCCGUCCUGCCGCGCCGUCCUGCUCACCAUCUGGCGGGAGCGCGGCUGCAGGGUGACGCACCUGUUCCGCGGGGCGCACCUGAACUACCACCGCUCCAUCCUGUCCUGGGGCAUCAUCAACGCCACCUACGAGCUCUUGCUCAAAGUCAUGUGAUUUGUAGGGGGGCGGAGAUGGUUGGGGGGUGUGGCAUGGCCAUGGGAGAGACUGUAUGCUGUAUGUUUUUGUGUACUUGAUGACCUCAGUAGGGGUUGGAUCCUGUGAUGCUGUGAUGUGCUGCAACUACUGAAUGUGUUGUCUGCCAAUAUGACACAAGGUGCUGAGUCACAUUUCAACUGUAUUUGGAGGAGGGCCAGAAAUUAAUAUGGGGUGGACUCUAUGCCAGUAUUGCGCGCCACCCCCCGUGUCCUUACAUUGCUUAUUGCAAUCCUGUGGCUGGCAUGUCCUCUUCUGCAGUGAGAAUGGCAUUUCAGCUAAUUCUGUUUAUGGAAGUGAACACUAGGGUCAGGGUUCGGGACUCAGCGUCUGUGGCAGAAGACUAUGCAAAGAGGAGGUGGAGUGAGGGUGUGCUGGGUCUUGUGAGAGUAAUCAGGGUCAUUAUCUGUACUGUCCAUUUUUGUUAUUUUUGUUGAUUUGUUCUUGUCAAUCAUCAAGUAUCUAGAAAAUACACUCUGUAUCCUUCCAAGAAUAUGUGUGAAUCUUUCUGUACAGGAAUUUGCGGGUGUGGGAGUGUGUUUUGCUGCCUAUUUCCAUCAAUAUUUGUAAGUAAAGUUCUAUUUCUGUUAACCUGUGUGUUGUCCUUGGAGGGAAAAAGACAGGCACUAUAAUGCACUAGAACAUUUAGAUGGGAUUCCCAGCAUAGUGGAAAUAAUAGCCCAUAAAGUAAGUAAUUUGAAAAUUUAUUGAGCUUCAAAUGCAUAUAUGGCUUUGUGUAUCUCCUACUCAAGUGCUCAAAUAGCUGUUGGACAGCAUGGUGACAGCUAAAUCACAUCGACAUGCAGUGCAGUGGUGCCAAAGCCUUUCAACCUCACUGUUCUGUUUAAUAGCUUUUGUGUAAGACACUGAACAAUUAAGCUUCUCAAUAAAUUUUAUA